AUGAGCAACAGAUGCAAGUAUCCGCCAGACCCCGCCAUUCGUAACGUUCUCGUGACUGGCGGCGCAGGCUUCAUAGCCUCACAUGUAAUCAACUAUCUUAUUGCCACCUACCCGGACUACAACAUCAUCAACUUUGACAAGCUGGACUAUGUCUCAUCACUCCAUAACUUGCAGGCCGUAUCUGAUAAACCCAAUUAUACCUUUGUUCGGGGCGAUAUCACAUCAGUCGAUCUAGUAAACUAUGUUGUUCAAGAACGGAAUGUGGAUACGAUACUUCACUUUGCUGCUUCAACACAUGUCGAUAACUCGUUUGGUGAUUCACUCGAGUUUACUCAUAACAAUGUGAUGGGAACGCAUGUGCUAUUGGAAGCUGCUCGUGAAUUCCAAGUCAAGAAGUUCAUACAUGUUAGUACUGAUGAGGUGUAUGGUGAAACUCAAGCUAAUAUGCCAGAUCGUGAAGAAGAGACGAUAUUGGCACCAUCGAAUCCGUAUUCUGCUACCAAAGCCGCUGCAGAAUCGCUGGUUAAGGCAUACCAGAAGUCAUUCAAACUACCAGCCAUCAUCACACGAAGUAAUAACGUAUAUGGACCGUUUCAGUAUCCAGAAAAGGUCAUUCCGAAGUUUAUUUGCUCGUUACUCUCUGACAAGAACCUGUACUUACAUGGAGACGGAUCAAACUCACGACACUACAUCUACAUUACGGACGUUGUUGAUGCGAUUGACACCAUCAUGCACAAGGGCGUUUCCGGUGCCACCUAUAACAUUGGAGCAGGCUCAGAUUCAGAAUUGACGAAUUUGAAUCUUGCUCGUAUCCUAUUACGCAAAUUCGGGUUACAAGACCGUGCAUCUGAAAUAAUUGAGCACGUAGCUGAUCGAGCAUUCAAUGAUCAACGAUAUGCUAUUGAUUCGAGUAGACUUGAAGCGUUGGGAUGGAAGCAAUGUGUUGACUUUGAUACUGGGAUUGCUGAGACAAUUACUUGGUAUCGAGACAAUUGGAAGACGUGGUGGGAGCAAGAAGUCGAAUUGAGACCACAUUCGAAGGCUAGAAGGAGGGCGCUGGCCGUCCCAUCGACGUGA